CUUCUCUGCGACAGAUAGUGACUUAACGAUUCAAAAGAUGAGUACUUUACCUUCUACAGUUCGCGGUAAGUCAUGGUCAUUGAUAGUACAUUUAACAAUUUCUUCCUCGCCAUUCUUGGGGCUCAAAUCUAAUCGUAAAUCCGGACGCGGUUCGAAAUUCCCAAGGAGAUGGCGUCCCAGGGUACAUGUAGUACUCUUGGGCGUCUACUACUUCACAGUGUGGAGUCUUUAGUGGAGUGACUAUGGGUUUCAGUGUACCGUGGUUGGAACAGGCUGGAAGAGAGGCUCGACCUAGCUAGCCAGUCGAAAAGGCAAUUAUCUGCUCAUUAUUAAAAAUUCGAAGCACACCUCCCCAUUUCGACGAGAGGUCCUUCAGCAACAACAAACUAAACUUGCUAGCACACAACAAGCUAGCUAGCUAGUAGUAGCAAACUGUAGUAAGAAUAGUAUACAAUUGAAUUGAAUUGAAUUGAACGAUGCCUGGCAGUGUAACAGCCGACGAUGCAGAAGAAUGGAGCUGCGGUACCUGCACGUUUCUGAACAAGCCUCUGUUUCUGAGCUGUGAAAUGUGCGGUCAAGCCAGACCUUCUCAACGGCCCAGCCCACCACGAAGACAACCAAGUCCAGCUCCACUUGUGGAUCGAUACACUGAUUACGUGGAAGUGGAAGUGGAUGAACCAAUUGUUGGCGGUGGCGGUGGCUUUCAUCGUCUGGAUGAUGUUAGUGGCAACAGCAACGAUAGAGCACCCCGCUCGGUCCAGCGACACCACAGCACAGUGAACAUCACAGGCACUCUGAUCAUGACGGACGAUCCAGCAGACUACGAGACUCAAGACGGAAAGAAGCCCGGUGAAGUUUCUGACAAUGAAGAAGUGGAACCAGAGCUUGAGCUUGAGCUAGAGCUUGACGUAAGAAGAAGACAAGAAGAUGAUCCUUCCAUUGAAGACGAUCCGUCACUAGACGACUCCAUUGACCGAAGAGCACCAGUUCCAUUACAUCAUGAGCCGACUCCUCACUACAGAGACGGUCGUGAUCGAUUCCAUGAGAGACCGCAACACCGAAGAGCGCGAACAGUGGCUGACCCUCACUACACGAACGAACCACCACGAAGACAUCCCAGUCGAGAGUACUGCCGCGAGUCCUUCUCGUCUCGUGCUUCGUCUUCCUAUCAUCAUCAUGCUGCUCACCACCCACAACAGCUCCACCAGGCGCCACCAAGCACUUCUUCUCGCAAAUCCCAUGGAAGCCAGCACACCCUUCCCACACAGUACAUGAGCAGUUCCAGUCGAAUUGGAAUCGAAGAAGCGAACGAUGAUGUCAGCGACAUCUCGGGCAUGUCGGGGUCGUACUCCAACAGUGCCAGGCACUACCAUCACCCACAUCCUCAUUCCACCAGAGGAGGAGACUACAUGGGGAACGGAAGCGGUCGUCAUCACUUGAUGAGUGAUCGUUCCAUGCCGUCAUCGACACGCAACAUGGGUUUCCAGCCACUCCACCAUCAUCAGCACCAGCAUCAACAUCAACAUCCACACCAAAGCAUGCCAAGGCAACACCAUCAUCAAGAAGCCGUUCAAGCCCACUUCCCGCAACGAAAUGGACUCCCUGUCAUCACGGCACCUCCUCGCAGACUCAUGGGAGACCACAGUCACGGAAGCUACUGCAGCAGUCCGGCGGCACCACCACGAGGAACCAGGAGGCCCACGCUAAACCAGCCUCACCACCCACAGCAGCCGUCCUUUCGACGAGCACCCUCCGUCCAAGCCGUUUCCACUCGAAACUUGGGUGCCAUUCCUCCCCUUCAACCACAGCAGCCUUACCACCCAGAUGCUCGCAGUGUUUGCAGUAACAACACUUCUCUCAGUAGAGCUCCCAGUGUGGCUGCUUUGCCCAGCAGCAACACUGCCUGCGCCAAUGGUGUCUUCUUGCCUCCCAUUACACCACCACCAGUGCCCACCAUGGACAUGCCUACUGAUGUCAAUGUAAUGGAGGUUUUUGUUAAGGAUCACCAGGCCGCAGAGCGACGUGCGGCUGCUGGCAUGGAUCACAGCCGCAGACGAUCUACUGAGGUAGUCCGAAAAGACAGAGCUUCCAUGCUGGACAGUCUCAGUCGUAACAACAACUUUGCCAGCAACCGUUCCAUUGGGGGAUCUGGCAUGGUGCUGGGUACUUCCACUCGAAGGAUGGACCAGCCCAGCAGUCGCGCCCUUGGAUCCUCUUCCAGACAGUUUGAGGAUGCUUCCGUCAAUCAUCCUGGUGAAAUGCUGGACAGCGAAGCCUUGGAUUCACCCAAUACACGAAAAGAGCGCCGCAAGGAACGACGCAAGAUGAAGGGAGCCGUAAGAACGCUCAUGGCGACCAUGCGCAUUUCAAACAAAUAGACACUGUACUACUAGUCCAUACUCCCCUUCCGCAACCAUGACACAAUAUUAACUAAUACUACAAUAUUAUAUUAUAAAUCAAUGCAUUCACACC